UUCGGAGUCACUUUUGGAGCUCGAGAUCCGGCGCCGAUGGCUUCGGAUCUGGCGGAGCGGGUGCGAGGGGUUUAUCGGGACAAACUACCCCUGAUGGAGUGAUGUUGCAUGAGCGAAGCGCUAAAGUUGAUGUUGCAUGCGGUUGCUGGUUUGCUCCAGGAAAAUCCCUGAAAAAGAGGAUGACUUUCUUCCCUCUGCUUGCCUCCUCUUGGAGAAACGGCGAGAACUGGCUGCAGUGGAACAGGCUCUGGUUGCAAAGAAAGAGGAGUUUCAGGGGAAGAUGGAAGAACUUCAGGAGCGACGGGAGGAGCUGGAACGCAAAGAGGGACAACUCAAACAGGCCAUCUUGAAGUUUGACAAGUUUCUGAAGGAGAGCGAUGCCAAGCGGAGCCGGGCACUGCGCAAGGCCAGCCAAGAGCAGCUCCAAGCGGCCCAGAGAGGAGCAGAAGCUGAGCGCCUCCAAGCAGAAAUUGCCCGGCUGGUGACGGCAAGGGAGAAACUGCAGCACCGCCUGGCAGCUCACAAGGCCUUCCCCGAGUACCUGCAAAAGGUUCUGGAAAAGACCGGGCAGUUUGAGGACAUCCCGGACCUCAUUGCCCGUUUCCAGACGCUGAUGGCCACCCAGGCCACCUUGGCACAGAGAGAGCUUGUUGCCCGUGAAGCUGUGGAAGAGGAACAUGCCUGCCUGCAGCAGUACAUAGAGGAGAGCAGCAACCAGAUACUGCAGCAAAACAACCAAGUGGCAGAGCUGCAGUCUCAGUUGGAUCAGAUCCGGACCAAAGUGUUGGAAUUGGAGUCGAACUGGAUCUGCAUUCAGAACACAGCCGCCAACAAGACCUUGGAGCUUGGGAAGGUCAAGCUGGCCAUCUUGAACCUCUUCCAGAUGGUUGCCAAGUAUAGGAAGCUGCCCGCCGAUGUCCCCCCGGAUGACACGGAAGCCCAGCUCGAUGUGGUCCAACUCUGCAUUGGAGACUUAACUGACAUUUUGGCCAAUUUCCGCAAAAGCGAACCCACACCAGUUUCACAGCCCGAGCCUGUGACAGCGUCUCAGUCUGAAUUGGAGUCCCGCUAGCCACAUCUGGCAUCCAAGGACUUCUUGAGUGCCAGGAGCUGGGGCUUUUGCUGCUGCCGUUGCUGCCACCAAAGAUAGCCUUUCCUGCUGUUUCCGCUGGUGACGAUCAAUAAGCUGCCGGUCCCGGAUCCGUUUGGCACGC